CCAUCUUCAUGAUGUUAAUUUUCGAUACUCACGUUAGCAAAAACCGAAAACAAACACAAGUUUUUUAACAUUUUCUGCAAAAUUUAUCGUUAUUUUCCGUAAAUAAUACCGUUGAUCGAUAGAAAUUCCAAUUCUACAUCGACAAGUGAUGGUGCCCUCGACCAAAAUCGGUCAAAAGUGUAUCAUUUUUGGAUGCAAAAAUCGUUCUGGUGUACACCAGGGAAAUGAGGUUAGUUUCUUCCCGGUCGCUUGCCGAGGGAACCAGGUCUACCACCGGUGGGCAAAACUUAUGCCCCUGUCAGGGGAUAGACAUGAGCGGAUUUGCAGCCAGCAUUUUGCGGCCAACGAUUUUAUCGAAAAUACCAGACAGAAACUGAAAAAUGGCGCAGUUCCAACGGUAAAGCUGCAAGACGGGAAAAUACAGCGUCGGAAAGGAUGUUGUGUCCCAAAAUGCAAUCCAAACAGGACAAAACGGGGACUCCACCACUUCCCUAUGCAAAAAUACGUCCGUCAGAAGUGGAAAGAGGCAUUGGGAAUGGAUGAAGCGCAAGACCCGGCCGGCCUCUUGAUAUGUAAUCGCCACUUUCUAACUUCCGAUUUUGUAAAAGUAACUUCCAGAUACCUGAAAGCUACUGCGGUUCCGUCGAGGAAGUUAGUCAGGUUAAUUAAUCUUCCGCGGCGGAUGUUGGUACACCUUGAUUCACACUUGGAGGACCACAAUUACAGCGUAUAUGCAGGCAAACCACAGAGUAACCGAAUAGGCUUUGUUGAAGGAUGUCGAUCAAAACCGGAAGGCAACGUAAAAUUGCACAAGUUUCCAGUUUCACGGGACCCAAAGUACAAAAAGGAGAAUCGGAUUUCAAAAUGCUCCAAGCUGCCAACACGAAAUUCAACAGUUAGCAGUUUACAUUUCAGAAAGACCGACUCUAUCAAAGGCAAUCCUGCUAAAGAUACGGAUGUGCUUGACAUCGAUUGGGUUCCAACGAUAAAAGCUUCGAGCUGCAGUACGGUACUGGUAGACGAUGAUCCUGCCGAAAGCCUAGUCGAAUAUGCUUGUCCCGAAGAAGAUGGAAAACUCGACGAAUACUCAUCUACAUUGUGCCGAGCUUGUGGACAAAAUCUGCCAGAUGAUCCAGCACUCAGUGAUAGCUUUCAAAAUUACGCGCACAUGUACUUGGCGUUCACUAAUCUGCAGCUUCAUCCCCGGGAAAAUCCAGAAGAACUGCGCAUAUGUCCGGAUUGCAAGAACAAAUUACACGAGUUCGAACAGCUUCGAGAAACAUUCAUCAACGUACACUGGAGGCUGCUUGAAGUGAAACCAGAACUACGAGAUAACCAUGAAGGGUUCGACAGCAAUGCUGUAGUCGAGAAAAAUCCUUCAAUAAAUGAAGCCAUAGUAUCUGACAUAAACUCGUUAGAGCAAGAUGUGUCUCAAAAUGAUUUGUAUAAUCAAACUACCGAGCAAUUGGAGUCCAUUGUGAAAGUAGAACCAGUAGACUAUUGUUCAGAAGACAACGCUGACGAUCGGAACGAACAAAAGGCUUUUGGAUACUCAUUCCAGAUAACUAAGGAAUCUAGCAGUGAUUCGGAGCUCUCAACGAGCUCAACCUCGGAUGAUCAAAGCGAAAUGCUUCCACCAACAAUGAAGAAGAAAAAGAAAAGUCUCGAAGAGCUGUAUCCAUACGACAAAUCGCAGAGGAACAAAUUUUACAUUCCAAGGAAAAGGAAAAAGUUUCCCCGACAAUUCGACUGCCGGUGCCCAAAAAAGUGUUCAACCCUGUUCGAAUCCGAACAAGUCCUGGAGCAUUUUUUCCAUAAGUUCUGGGCAUCCGUAGAUAAAACACGCCAAAGGAAAAUGGUCUUGGAGUAUGUUCGGGCCAUGCCAGUGCGCCGAAUACGUUGUAGGCCCCAAAGGGUACGACCGGAACGAGCUGUAAUGUUUCAAUACUUCGUUCCUACGGAAGACUGCGAUGUGAGAGUUUGUCAGAGGUUUUUCCUCGGAAUUUUACAAACCACGAGUCAAACGGUUUACAGGUACAUUUAUGGAAAGACUGGAGACAGGGAUAGUGCACAGGAUGAAAUCAUCAUACCGUAGUUGGCUGAUAAUUUAUAUUAGGUUAAUAACACUAUUUUGCCAUAUUAAAUGAUAUAGAAUCAAACUUCAA